AUGGGAGCGACAAUGAAUUACCGGCGCAUUAUUUGUGAAUUUAUUUUAGUACUGAUCGCUAUUAAGGCCUGCCCGUCUGCGGCGCAAGGUCCACGCAAACGCUACGAACCCAAUUGGGAGAGUCUUGAUCAGCGACCACUUCCGAAGUGGUAUGAUGAAGCGAAAGUUGGAAUUUUUCUGCACUGGGGGGUGUACUCAGUGCCCAGUUUUGGCUCGGAAUGGUUCUGGACGGAUUGGUUAAAUUUGCGGUAUCCCCAGUAUAUAGAUUUUAUGCAACGUAAUUAUAAACCCAAUUUCACUUAUCAGGAAUUUGCAGCUGAAUUCACAGCGGAGCUAUUCAAUGCCACACAAUGGGCGUUGCUUUUCAGAGAUAGCGGUGCAAGAUAUGUGGUAUUGACAAGCAAGCAUCACGACGGCUUCACGCUCUGGCCCUCCAAGUACAGCUUUGGCUGGAAUGCCAUGGAUGUGGGUCCCAAACGGGAUAUAAUAAAGGAACUCGCCAGUGCCAUACGCAGCAAUACGAAUAUUAAGUUUGGCUUAUAUUAUUCACUCUUUGAGUGGUUUAAUCGCAUGUGGACCGAUGAUAAGUUACAUUUGCUGAUGCAGAAACAUUUUGUGGACUAUAAAGUGAGACCAGAACAAAUCGAUCUGGUAGAACAAUAUCUGCCCGAGAUCAUUUGGUCGGAUGGGGAUUGGGAAGCACCGUCCAAGUACUGGAAGUCCGAGGAGUUCAUCGCUUGGCUCUACAACGACAGUCCCGUACGCGAGACUGUCGUUACAAAUGAUCGCUGGGGUUUUGGUACUGCCUGCAUGCAUGGGGAUUUCUAUAACUGCGCAGAUCGUUUUAAUCCGGGCGUACUUCAGGCUCACAAAUGGGAGAAUGCUUUCACCUUGGACCGCAAAAGCUGGGGGCAGCGUUACGACGUAACUCUGGCAGAUUUUAUGAGCUCCAAGGAGGUAAUUAAAGAAAUCGUCACCACUGUCAGCUGUAAUGGUAACGUUUUGAUCAAUGUUGGACCCACUAAAUAUGGCACUAUAUUGCCGAUUUUUGAGGAGCGCUUGCGCGAUAUGGGUCGCUGGCUGAAAACAAACGGCGAGGGUAUUUAUGGCAGCGCACCCUGGAUCUAUCAGAAUGAUACAGUAACUCCGAAUGUCUGGUACACGCGUCAACUGGAAUCUCAAAAUGGCGGCAUUACUAUCUAUGCAUUUAUUUUGGACUAUCCGUAUGACACAAAUGAAAUCGAUCUCUAUCCGCUCGGCAAGGAUAUUCAUUUUUUCAACCAUGUCAUACUAAGCGGCUUGGAUAUAGCAACGUCGACCAAACCGUUAAAUGAACAGACCACUCAGGUGGUUAUGCUAGGCAUGGAGGACACAACAAUCGCGUGGACAUCGAGUGAAAACAAAUUGCACAUUGUUUUUCCUCCGAAGCAUCAUAUAGAUAGGCGCGGAUUGGAAUACGCCUGGGCGUUCAAAAUAAACAUAAGGUGACUUUAUUUAUAAUAUACCAGUAAUUAUCCA